GACCACAGCAAGCAUAUUCUUGUCUUGAAUUUCCUUCAAUCGUUACUUAGUAGUACGCCCGUGUGAACGUGAUCUAAAUGUUGUGUUAAAAAUAUUGUGUUUUAUUAUUAAACUUAAGCGGGUGGCACCAAAAUGGGGACCUUGAUUAAUAAUGUAACGGAGUACUACAAUUAUGUGAACGAUGAGCUUGCAGAUCCCCGGACGAAUAAGUUUUGGCUGGUCGCAAGUCCCCUACCAAUAUUUACAAUAAUGUUUAUUUAUCAUCGCUUCGUCAAAGUAUGGGGUCCGGCAUUUAUGAAAGAUAGAUCACCGUAUGACCUCAAAAACAUCAUAGUUGUCUAUAACUGUGUUCAGAUUAUAUUAUGUGGUUAUAUGACGAUUCAAUGUAUAACGUGGCUCUACUUGCCUGGUUACUACAGUCUCUGGUGCCAGAAGAUUAAUUACGAGGAUACCGAAAUAGAGAGGAGGAUUAUAAGCAGAGUUUGGCUUUACUACUUCAUUAAAAUCGUCGACUUAAUGGAUACGGUAUUCUUCAUUCUACGGAAGAAAUUUUCUCAAGUAACAUUUUUACAUGUCUAUCACCACCUGGGCAUGUGUCUAUUGGCAUAUAUUGGCACCAAAUACGUUCCUGGUGGCCAUGGCAUCAUGCUGGGUUUCAUCAACUCAGCAGUACACACGGUGAUGUACACCUACUAUCUGAUAUCCAUAACUCGCCCCCAAUGGGUCAGGCUGUGGUGGAAAAAAUACAUUACCCAGCUACAAAUCCUGCAAUUCUUACUUCUGAUUCUGCAUUUCGGCCACAUACUGUUCGAGCCCUCCUGUGGAUAUCCCAAAUGGGUGUCAUGCGCCUUUCUUCCACACAAUAUAUUCAUCUUAUGUCUCUUCUCCAAUUUCUACAUCAAGGAGUAUAUAUUACAGAAGAAAAAAACUACUUAAUUAGUUUUACAUUAGUGAAUUGUAUGUUAGUUAUAAAUAAAACAAGUUAUUUAUUAUAAA